AUGAGUCAUAGUAAAUUAAUUCCCAAGCUCUCAAUUCAAUCUCCUGUUCAUCAUACCAACUUAAAGAUCCGGUCCACAGAGCCACCUUUUCAGAAGGACUUACAUCUGAUUUCAAAAGACUCCUUGGAAUCUGAUUCGGGAAGCUUCACUCAAGAGAGUAAGUCCCAGCUUGAAGACCAAAUCCGAGACAACAAUAUGGAGCCGGACAGCUUAGAGGAGGAAAGUCUGAGUGAGACGGAAGAGGAGGCAAGCAGAAAAGUAGCGCGGAAGAAUGGCCGAGAAAACCUCCACCCCCGGAGCAAUGGCACGGACAACAGCCAACAACCAGUAGAAGACAAAUAUUCAGACCUCCGAUAUGACCCGAACUGGAAGAGUAAGAAAGAGGAGAGGAAGUUGUUGACUAUGGAUGCAUUGCCACAGUCUGUAGACAGCUCUUCCGAAAAUCUGAAUCCGGAUCCCCUGUACCCUUCCAAGGAGACGUCGAUGGAACUCUCCGGGGAGAAAGGUGAACCCAAGAGUAGCCCCCAGAGUGUUGCCUCCUUACUUGGCAGUGAAUUUUUAAGCCCAAACUAUGAGCGGGGUGCCCACUGCCGCCAGCCAUUUUCGGAGCUGAGCGACAGUGACCUGGUGGAGAAGUCCAGCAACCUCUCUCGUUGCUUGAAGAGUUCAAGUUCACAUCAUGAGGUUUUCCUGCCAGGAUCACGUGGCCGUCGGCGAAGGAAGUCCAAACAAUAUUUCGUGGAGAAAAACAAGCUGACUUUGGGAUUACCUACUCCUAAAACGGAUUCUUAUCUUCAACUUCACAAUAAAAAAAGGGGGGACAUUCUCCCGGAACAGAUCUCCUACCCCAUCAGUGUAACUGACAAGACGUCCAUUCAGAACGCCAAAGAGAGCGAAAAUGCUGCCAUCAAUCCUGAAGACCAAUGGCAUCAAAGAGCCCAACAGCUAAAGGAUUACCAGGAACAACUGUCUCAAAAUGAAAGUGCAAAAUCAAACAGCACGCCGAGAGGUCCAUCUUCUGGAACAACCAAUGGCCAGCAACCUUCCAGAAAACCAGUCCGGCACAAGAUUCGAAACCAGCAUAAACGUCAGCAUGGCCGGAAGCCUCUGGUGACUGAAGAGCUGAAUGUCAGUCACAGAAACCGGCAUAGCACUCCCAGACAGCAACACAACCAGAAUAAGCCUGCUGAUACUUCAGUAAAGCACGAAACACUCGGAAUCAUGAAUGCGCCUAACAAUGAUUUACAACACUCAGGCACACUUAGGAGCCAGGAGCCUGAAGCAGCCUCCAAUAAAUUUGCUGCACCACAGCAGGCUUUUGGCAAGGUGUUGUACAAAAACUCUACUGGAAAUCACUUGGUGAAUGUUAAGAAAGAAAGAGGACACAGAGGCCGAGAAGAGAAAAGACCGUCACAUCACCAGCUACACCUCAACACCCUUUCCAAUAUGGACUUGAACUUCCUUAAUGAGCUUACAGAAAGACCAGUGGCACUGAGCCAGAAAGGCUCCCAGUCUGCUAGUAACAAAAAUGUUAAUGGAUCGAGGGAAAAUAAGAAGCAAUCCAAGCAGACCUACACAGAGACAAAAUAUAAGAACUUAGAAAUAUUAUGGAAAUUCGAUCCUUCCUCGGACAGCCAGCCUGUUAGAGCUUCUCCAGACUCCCAGCUCACCCAGAUAAUGGAACAGCACCAGCAAGCCUUAAUACAGCUGACCGACGUGCAGCCCAAGGAAGGGGCCCCAUCCAACAUCACAUUUCCACCUCUGUUGUCAAGGGUCGAAAGUGAAUCCCAGCUCGGUUCAGAGAGAAGCCAAAGAAACCAAAUGGAAAUGAGUCGUAGCAAUUCCGAAGGCUAUCUGCUUCAACUGGAAAAAGGAAGAAAGCAUAGGAAAAGGAGCGGCUUCAAGAGCUCCAAGCUGAAAGGUUAUCAGAAAAGAGACGGGAAGCUUGGAGGCCUUGGACCUGACCUUGAGUCUAUCAGAGACAAAAUGAGUGAGAUGUACAUACAGCAUUCUAUGCAGAAAUUAAUCCAAAAAAAGGAAUAUGCAAAGCAAGUUAAGGAGUAUAACAUGAAGACAUUAUCCAUUCUGUCAAAACCACAAACAGCGAAAACUGAAUGUCAGUCGGCCAUCCCUCGGCAGAAGGCUCUGGAAUACGCCAAGACCAUCCCCAAACCCAAACCUUCAAACCUGAUGGACAACGUAUCCAAAGAAAAGAAAAAUCCCAUGUACACUCGAAAAGACGACACUCUGCCUGAAAUCUCACUGCUGGAGAGACUGCAGAACAGACACGAGAGGGAAAAACAGGCUGUGGCGGCUUUCAAAGUCCUUCACAUUGUUUAG